AUGGCGAAGGACACGCUUUCCGCCACGGAGCCGGUCGGCAUCCCUGUGACCGUCGAAGCUGCCAUCGAGAACAACAGAGGCGCGCUGAAAUGGCUCUCGAACAGCGGCAUCGUCAAGCUGAACUGCGUCCUCGUGUUGUCGCUGGUGUCGUCCUACGCAACAGGCUAUGAUGGGAGUAUGAUGAACGGACUGCAGAGUCUGGAUACCUGGCAAGAAUCGUUCAAUCACCCAGAUGCCCAGCAACUAGGAUUAUUAAACGCCAUUCAAAACGUCGGCCAGCUCGUUGCCCUCCCAUUCUGCGCCUGGUUUUGCGACCAUUUUGGAAGAAAGCCCGCCCUGCUGACAAGCGCCUCCAUCCUCCUCAUCGGCGUCGCUCUCCAAGGUGCCGCACAGAACGUGGGCAUGUUCAUCGCGGCGCGUGGUGUUCUCGGGUUUGGCCUGGCCCUCAACAUCACAGCCGCUCCUCUCAUGAUCAUGGAGUUGGCGUACCCGUCCCAACGCGCCCCGCUCGUGAGUAUCUACAACUCACUAUGGGGACUCGGUGCGCUGUCAGCAGCGUGGAUCACAUUCGGAACGUUUCGGAUCGGGAAUACUUGGGCGUGGCGCAUUCCCUCUAUCCUCCAGGGCGUGUCGAGCAUCGUCCAGCUGGGCCUUUGUUUCUUCAUUGAGGAAUCGCCUCGAUGGCUCAUCUCGAAAGAGAGAUAUGCUGAAGCGGAAGCUUUGAUCAUCAAGUACCACGCGAACGGUGAUGCUUCGGAUCUUGUGGUGCCGUUGGAAAUGGAAGAGAUCAGGACGGCGUUGCAACUCGAGGCGGAGGCUUCGCGGUCGACGUCGUACAUGUCGUUCUUCCAAACACCGGGCAAUCGACGACGUUUCUUUAUCAUUCUAGCCGUCGGCUUCUUCUCACAAUGGAGCGGAAACGGCCUCAUUUCAUACUACCUGAGUCUCAUCCUGAACUCAAUCGGCUACACAUCGCAAGACACCCAGACUCUGAUCAACGCCUUGAUGACGCUUUGGGGCCUCAUCUGGGGUCUCAUCGCCUCAUUUCUCGUCAACCGCUUCCGUCGUCGCACAAUGUUCCUCUUCUCAACUCUCGGCUCUUUAGCUUGCUACGUGACCUGGACCGCGCUCCAAGCAACAUACGAGCAGCAGACAGACCUAACCGGCAGCGGAUCGCCAGCUCUCGCCAAGGGCGUCUUGGCCAUGAUCUUCCUCUUCAAUGUAGUCUUCAACUUCGGAUGGGGCGCUCUCCAGGUUACCUACGUCGUGGAGAUCCUGCCGUUCAACCUGCGCGCGAAGGGCUUGGUGCUGUAUAACCUCUUCGUCGCGAUGGCUCUCAUUUUCAACCAGUACGCCAACCCCGUCGGCGUCACGAACUCGAAGUGGAAAUACUACAUCACCUAUAAUGUCUGGCUGGCGUUUGAGGCGGUGGUGGUGUACUUCCUGUUCGUUGAGACGGGCAAGAUGAGCUUGGAGGAGACGGCUGCGAUCUUGGAUGGUAACCAGGAUAGGCUGACCGAGGAGGUGGCUCGUAAGACGGAGAAGACUGUGCUGGAAAUUCAUGAGAAUGCUGUGGAAGACAAAGCCCGCGGCUAG